CCAAUUCUGCUGCGCUUGAAACUCCAGCUUCCUUCUUUGCUUCGCAAUAACUAACUUACUAAAAGCUUAAACUUUUUCUCGGAAACUGUAGCUUAUUUGAACGUCGGGAAAAACAACAGCAGGCUCACAGAUCCGCCUCGGAGUGUCUUGGCACAUUUACAAGAAUUAUAAAGUGAAUAGCAGCUGCUUUUGGACAUCAUUGAAAGCAAUAUAAGUGCUAUCAAUCAGAGGACUAUAGUAUCAAUGUUGAAGUGAAGACGGGUUGGAGAUACUGUCUCACAUCCCGCUGUAGCCUAACUAUGGGUCGAUAGUAUGGACUUACCCGACUCUGGAGAGGGACAGUGCAUCACGGCUGAUCGGAAUUUACUUCUCCGCUAUUCGUGUGGAAUAAAAGUUCAUUAACAAACGGGAGGAUUAUUUAAGAGUUUCACUUAAAAGUUAGGUUUUGUUGUUUCGUGUGGAGGGAUGGCGGGACCAGUUAUGUUUAUUUUCCUGUGGGUAUUGACAUGGUUCGGGGAAGUUCGGGGUGCUUCGUACCCACAGCGGUAUAAUCUCUACUCCGGACAGACCCAGGCGCUGCCACAGAACGGCGUCCGGGCGGCAAGCAGACACAGAAACUGGUGUGCGUAUGUAGUGAAGAAGACAGUGAGCUGUGUGGUGGAGGAUGGAGUGGAGACCUACGUCAAGCCUGACUACCACCCCUGCUCCUGGGGCACGCAGUGUUCCCGAAUGGUGACGUAUCGAACGUAUAUGAAGCCGCGGUACAAGGUGGCCUACAAGAUGGUGACGGACAUGGAGUGGAAGUGUUGCCAUGGUUACACCGGAGAUGACUGUAGCGAAGGGCCGAGCGGAAGGUCGGGGACCCAGAUCGCUACAGCCAGACCCAAACCGUCCCGACCGGGACAGACCGGAACCGACACAGGUCACAGAGGACAGAGUGGAGGAGACGGGCGAGGCGACAGCGACAAGACGCGGCAGCUGGAGGACAAGAUCCAGAGCCUAACCAAGGACCUCCAGGACCUGCAGUCCACCCUGAGGGGCAUGAACGAACGCUUCCAGGAGGAGAUGCGCAAACCGGGCUUCAGUGGGGGUGGCACCAAGGCCCCAGCGGAUGCGGCCCAGCCGGAGAUUAAGGACACCAUCCACAGCAUCCAGACCAAACUAGACCAGCUGGACAACCGGACACAGGCUCACGACAAGACCUUGGUCAGCAUCAACAACCACCUGGUCAACGGGAAUGGCGGCGGUGGGAAUGAUCUUGGCGGUGGCACUGGCGACUCCUCUGGAGGCACCGGUGGGAUUAGCGGCGGGAAGCUCAACACGCUGAAAGAGGAGAUCCUGAGGGAGCUGGAGAGAAGGGUGUCUCUGUCCUGCUCCUCCUGCCAGUCGGGGGUGGAGGACCUGCGGAGACAGCAGCAGGAGGACAGGGAGCGGAUCCGUGCGCUGGAGAAGCAGCUGAAUGCCGUGGAUGGACGAUAUCGCCAGAGCUUGGACGGCCUGCGCCGUGAGGUGACACGCUCCCAGGGCUGCUGCGACUCUGUCACCGACCUCAAGUACAGGGUCACAGAUGCUGAAAGAAAGAUAAGCUCCAUAUCAGAAAACUACGAUGUCAUCCAGAACCGCCUGGAUAAGGAGCUGGGCAGUGGCGGUGGUAGUAAUGGAGGUGGAGGUUUCCCAGAAGGUGGAGGUGGCUUUGGCCCUGGAGGUGGUGGCUUUGGCCCUGGAGGUGGCGGCGGGUUACCCAGGGUGAUAGAGGACAGGCUGGACGGUCGUCUAAGGGACAUUGAGAGGUGGGUGAACAGCACAAUGCAGCACACAGAGGAGACAGAGAAAGACCUGAAGGACUACUUCAACCGUGAGCUGGGCGACCUCCGGACCGUGUUCCUGGACCGUUUCGACGACCAGGGAUACCGCAUCGGCGACAUAGAGCUAGACGUGGGCAUUGUAAAGGACCUCGUGUCGGACCACGACAAGAAGCUGAUCCGCCUGGAGAACUCCACGGCGCUACUAGACAAGAGUCUGACUGACUGUGGCUGUGGAGGAACAGGAGGAGGAGCUGGAGGAGGAGGAGUUGGAGGAGGUGGAAGAGAAGAUGGAGGAGGAAGUAGAGGAACCGGAGGAACAGGGGGAAUGGGAGGGAGAGGAGCUGAAGGUGGAGCAGGGGAAGGAGGAAGGGGAGAUACAGGAGGAACAGGAACUGAAGGAAGGAGAGAUGGAGGAACAGGGGGAACCGGAGAAGGAUGGGGAGGAGCUGGAGGGGACGGAGGAAACGAUUAUGAUGGAGACUCUGUGAAGUCUAUCACCUGGAGGGUGGUGGCCAAUGAGGACGAGAUCCGACGCUUUGACACGCGGAUCAAGGACCUGUCCGUCUCGGGCGACUCCCUCAUGGACAAGGUGCUGGACCUCAGCCACGACAUCCGCAAGAUCAAAGCCUUGACCGGAGACAACGGCGAGCACUUCAACCGCAUCGUCACAGAAGUUGAGACGCUUGGGCGCGGCAUGGAUGACUGCGACGUCUGUGGAAGAGUGGAAGACGAGUUCAAAAAGCUGAAGAACCACACCCUGAACCGCUGGGAGAAGGACAUCAACGCCAUCCGGAACCGGGUAGAUUCAGACCAAAGCUUUUGCUCCCAGGUGUGCUCCACCCUACAGGAAGAGGUGGGGAAACUCCGGGAGGAGGUGGGGAAGUGUAGCGACCAGUGUAAGAUCCACAUGGAGACCCCAACAACAGGAGGUGGCACUGGAGGACGAGGCCUGGAUGAACCUGAGAAGCCCCUGGACGGCCACAGUGUGAUCGGAGGCACGUCCAACAACGGCCACCUCAAGUCCCUGCAGGGCGAGCUGUCCGAGGUCAUCCUGACCUUUAGCUCCAUCAACGACACGCUGAGGGGCCUAGAGCACACAGUGCAGAAACACGGCAGUGUCAUCACGGAUCUGGGCAACACCAAGGACAAGAUCAUCUCUGAGCUGGACAAGAUACAGCAGGAGGUGACUGAGCACAUCGAGCAGAGCCGCGACCGCCUUGACGGGGUGGAUCGCGACGUGCGACGCUUCGAGAGCACCCUAGUGGUGGAGGUGGGCGACUGCAAGCGAUCUGGCGACGGCCUGGAGAAGAGGCUGUCCAAGAUGGAGGGCGUGUGCGGACGGCUGGACGGCGUCUCCGACUCGCUCCAGAGGAUCAAGGAGGGGCUGAACAAGCACAUGUCGGGCCUGUGGAACUGUGUGAACGGUCUGAACGCCACGGUCAUCUCCCAUGGAGGGAUCAUUGAGAGCAUCCAGACCACUCAGCUGGACGGGAUCCACGGGAAGAUCAAGAACCUCAACUCGUCCGUCAGUCACAUCCUCACGGAGUUCGAGAAUCUUUCGGAACAGGACCUGACCGGUGUGCAGUUGGUUAGAGGUUUGAAUGGCCUGCCAGGUCCUCCAGGUCCCUCUGGGGAGAGAGGGUUCCAAGGGCUGCCUGGCGCUGAGGGGCCCCAAGGCAGGGACGGACCCCCGGGCAGGCAGGGAGAGAAUGGGCCCAGAGGAUCACCAGGCCUCAAAGGUGAACAAGGUAUGCCAGGUGCCGAUGCCAACGUGCCCAAGCUGUCCUUUUCUGCCGCUCUCACCUACCCCAUGCUUAGUGCUGGCACCAUCGUCUUCGAUAAGAUCUUUGUCAAUGAGGGAGAGUUCUAUGACCCGCGGACUGGCAUCUUCACGGCGCCCGUUGAUGGCCGCUACUUCUUCAGCGCAAUCCUGACUGGCCACAAGAACGAGAAGAUUGAGGCGGUGCUGUCCAAGUCCAACUACGGCAUGGCCCGUGUGGACUCCGGGGGAUACCAGCCAGAGGGACUGGAGAACAAGCCGGUAGCCGAGGCCAAGGUCACCCCCGGCUCCCUGGCUGUGUUCAACAUCAUCUUGCCCCUCCAGGCAGGAGACACAGUCUGCAUUGACCUGGUCAUGGGCAAGCUGGCCCACUCUGUAGAACCUCUCACCAUCUUCAGUGGAAUGCUGCUGUAUGAACAGAUGUAAGCCAAAACCCCCCUAGGUUGUCCAUCUGGAACAUAAGAGAGGGAGAGGAAGGAAGAAACGGAAGAAGGACGAGGAAAGAAGAAAGUUAGAGAAGAGAGGGGUUGGGGUUGGUCCCCAUUCUGGACGGUUUAGACUCACAGUUUGAAUUGACCACCGCUUUUCAAAGCAAAACGACAGGGUCCAGAGAUGGAAUUACUUUGUAUCAACUCGGGAAACACGGGAACGAACGACAACUAGGAGACGACUACAACGACAGAAAAGUGUUGUGUUUCUCCCUCUGUGUGUCAUUCCUGGCCCUCUGAUGUUGUGAGACCUGAUGAACUGCUUGAACAAACACAGGAUGUACUAUAAACUAAGUAGCAGACUGAGAGACUUCACCCUUCAUUUUUUUUUUACCUAGCUCGUCCAGUAUUUGGAGAAGUGUUUUUCACACCAAAUUUGUUGCUACUACUGCAGGAUGAUUUUUCUAUGGUUAUUCUUAUUACUAUGUCCCUGUUUCUAUAUUACUCACUCCAGGCAUGGGGCUCAGCGUACUGUAGUCCUCACUGCGCCACUGCCGACCAUAAUGACAUCCCACCUUUGCUGCAAAGUGUUUCCCUGCCAAAGAACCAGACCCACUGUCAAGGUUUGAGGUUAAGCGGAAGUUGGGAAUAGGGGAGAGAACCAGAAAUGAGAAAUUCCUUGCUUGAUUUUCUAUAGCUGAUUUCUAUGGUGAUGAAUUCAUGUUUUGUGAUUUUAAUGUUAUCGUGCACC